AUGCGUAGUAUCAAUGCCUGAGGUGGUGGGUUUUAAGUGUGAGAUGAGAUGGAGAGGGGGACCCCGGUGAGACUCCGGGAAACUGCACUUACAUGGGCUUAGACUGAACGGAUUUACACACAGCAAUGUCAAACUAAGAGCAACGUUUGUCUCUGCUGGACUGAGAUGGAAGUGCUUUGAAGCGGCUGGUUAUUGAAGCCCAAAGGUGGACCAGUUAAAAAGCUGCUUUACAUCAGGGAGGCGGUUGGUUGCAGAAGUCGGUUCCUCACCUCCCGUGUAGUGUUUCAUUUUCAUUCGGAGACCGGCUGGAGUAACAGAAGGAUCUUAGAAGGAGAAGAUUUGCAGUUGGGAAAUUCAAGCCAAAAAUCAAAUCAGGGUAUGAUGGAUUUGCUCAAUUGGUCACUACCUGAAUAUCAGCAGGUAUUGAAAAUGGAAGGGAAAAAAACCCAUCUACAUCUGGGAAAAAGAACAUCUGUGUUCUCUGCAUGGACGAGGCCUCAAACAAUCUUCUGACUUCAAGAACCACAAGUGUUGUCACACUGAGAAGAAAAUGUGGCAAUGUGGGGAUUGUGGCAAAGAUUUCAGGUCCCCAUCUGAGCUGGAAAUUCACGAACACAGUCACACUGGUGCAAGGCCAUUCACCUGCUCAAAGUGUGGUAAAGGAUUCAUGCAGCCAUCUACCCUGCUGACACACCAGCGAGUUCACAGUCAGGAGCGACCUUUUCAAUGUCCAGAUUGUGGGAAGUGCUAUAAAAGCUCCAGCAAUCUGAUGUCCCAUCAACGUGUUCACACUGAUGACAGGCCUUUUAAAUGCCCAAACUGUGAGAAGUGUUUUAAAAGUUCUGGGGAGCACAUGGUCCACCAACGUGUUCAUACUGAUGAGAGACCCUUUAAAUGUUCAGAUUGUGCAAAAUGCUAUAAAAGUUCUGGGGAGCUGAUGCGUCAUCAACGUGUUCACACUGAUGGGAAACCUUUAAAGUGCCCGGACUGUGAAAAGUGUUAUAAAUGUUCCGGGGAACUAAUGCGUCAUCAACGUGUUCACACUAAUGAGAGACCUUUCAACUGUGCAGAUUGUGGGAAAUGCUACAAGAGUUCUUGGGAACUGAUAUACCACCAACGAGUUCACACUGAUGAGAGACCUUUUCAAUGUACAGAUUGUGGGACGUGUUAUAAAAGUUCUGGGGAACUGUUGCGUCAUCAACGAGUUCACACUGAUGAAAGACCUUUUAACUGCCUGGACUGUGGGAAGUCCUAUAAAAGUUCUGGGGGUCUUAAAUACCAUCAGCAUGUUCACACUGGUGAAAGAUCUUUUAACUGCACAGAUUGUGGGAAGUGCUUUAAAACCUCUGGGGAACUGAUAAUUCAUCAACGCAUUCACACUGAGGAGAAACCAUUUAGAUGCUCUCACUGUGGAGCUGGAUUCAGAUGGUCAUCUGACCUCACUGUACAUCAGCGUGUUCACACUGGGGAGAGACCAUUCUCCUGCACGCAGUGUGGGAAGAGAUUCAUUCAGUCGUCCCAUCUGCUGAGACACCAGCGGGUUCACUCUGGGGAGAGGCCAUUCAGCUGUACUAAGACUGGAAAGUAAUUCCCUGAAUCAUCUGCCCUGCACACUCAACAAUAAAUUCACACAGAGGAGAGGCAUCUUAGACUAGGCUGGAGGUCGUGCUGGAAGUGGUGUGUGAAUUGGUAAUAUCAUCUGAGUCUGAGUGGUGAAAAGAAUCAAAAAUAACUGAGAAUGAGGUGAAUGGAAUAGGAGGGAAGACAUAAAACGGCAAAGUAAUUGGACUGAAUGACCUGUUUGAUUUCAUGUAUUAAGUAUUCCAACUUAAUCUUUCUUUUAUAAGGUAUUCAGAGGGUUUUAUUUACAAACCAGAAUCAACACAUCAAGACCUGAUAGCGUCAGUCAAUUCAACAGGAUCUGAACAUCACCAGCCUCUGAAUGUGCAAGGAGAAAAACUGUCUGUGAGAGAAGAUUUUAAGCAUCACGCAACUACAAAAGCACCGAGACACACACGUGAAUGAGAGUGUACCAGUGACUAACCGUGGAAAUAGCAUUAACAAUUUACUCAGCCUGAAAAAUAAUUACACUAUUCACAACAGAGAGAGACUGUCCCUUUAAUCUGCCCAUGAACAUCAGUUUCAGUAAAUCAUUGAACCUGGAAAGACUUCAGGACACGGACACAAUGAAGUAACCAUGGAAAUGUGGGGACAGUGGGAAGGGAUUCUGUUACCCAUCAGAGUUGGAAAGUCGUCAGCACAGUCAUGCUUGGAAAAAACUUCAGCUGCCCCGUCUAUGGGGAGGGAUUCACUCAGCCAUUCAGCCUUGCACACAUCAGCAGGUUCACACUGAUGAGGGACAGUUCAACUGUUCUGACUGUGAGAAGAACAUGUUCUCACGGGAGACUGAGAAAAGAGCAUAAAGGAUACAUUGAUAUAUCAACACAGACACAUGGUGGAGGGCCCAUUCACCUGCAAAAUGUAUGGCAAAGGAUUCAUUCUGUCAACCCACCUCCUGACCCACCAACUUUUUUACACUGACGUGAGACAUUUUAAGUGUUCUGACGGUGAGAAGAGCUUCAAAAGUAAAAAGGAUUUACUGAAACCACCAACAUACUGUCACUGGGGAGGAACUGUUCAUCUGCUCUGUGUCGCAAGUGUUUCACUAGUUCAUCUUGUCUUCUAAUACAUCAGUUUGUUCACGCUGAUGAGAGACCUUUUGGAUGUCGUGAUUGUAAGAAGAAAUUUAAAAGCAGAAAGCAUCUUCUUAAACACCAGUACACUGUCACUGGGAGGAGGCUGUUUGCCUACCCUGUCUGUGGGAAAGGAUUCAUUUGAUUAUCCCACCUGAGACACCAUCAAGUUCAAACUGAAGAGAGGUCAUUCCCCUGUGCUGACUGCAAACAGGAAUUUGUUGAUUCAUCUGACCUUCUGAUCCACCGGUGCAUUCACACUGGGGAGACCAUACAUGUGCUGCCUAUGUGGCAAAAGAUGUAGUCACCUAUCCCACCUCACGACACACCAACUUGUUCACACUAGUGAGAGACCUUUUAAUGUUAUGACUGUGAGAAGAGGUUUAAAAGUAAGCAGAAUCUGCUGAAACAUCAAAUUCAUACUGGGGAGGGUCCAUUCAUCUGCUCCAAGUAUGGGGGAAGGAUUCGCUCAAUCAUAUAACCAGCUGAAACACCAGCAACUUCACCUGAGAGACCGGCAAUUGGAUUCUGCUAAUAUUGCUGUUGUUACAUACAUCCUUGUCUAGCUGCCCAUUUCCAGUGGAGUUCACAGUUUGUCAGGAGUACCUCUAUCUCCCAUCACACUAUUUUAUAUUACACUUUCGGUGUUUGGCCUUGUACAAGUAGAAGUGGAACAGUCUUCAGUAGGUCCUUCUGGGGCUCUGAAAGUGUAAGUGAACAGCAAAAGCAUUUGAGCACUGAGAGCAGAGAUUUGAGAACACUGUCUACAGGAUGCACCAGGUAGGAGCAAUAGGAAGCAUCCAGACUACAGACUGUAAUUGAUCAAGUAUGUGCACAUGCUGGGGCAGAUGGGAGUAAUUAUGGAGUUGAUGAAAUGUUCAGUCUGGUUACAUGCUGCGAUGCUAUGAAGUCAGCAACAAGGCAAGUUUCAACAUUGAAUUUGUUUAUUAGAAGCUAACAUCAAUUGUCAUUAGAAUCUUGUGUUUGCAGUACUGUAGAUAAGAAAAACCUCAAAGUAAAAGUUUAAAAAGACACCAAGUUAGAGAUCCUGGAAUUUUAAGUCGGGUUUGAAAAGGUUUUGUGCCGGUAAAAGCUAAAGAAAGCUCUGGAAGCUUUUUUGUCAGUAAAUAGAGAAUGCUGGUGAAAUAAAUGACAACGGAUGCAGCAGCCCUGAAGGAAGAAUAAAAUAAAAUAAAAUAACGAUGAACAUGCAGAACAUCAUGCAGUUAAUUGAGGUGAAAGUUGUUCAUAUGAACUGUGACUGGGCACAGUGGGUGAUUAAUCAGACAAGAACAAGACUAAAAGAGAUCCUUAAGAAAAUGUCUGUGCAGUGAAGAACAACCAGAAUCAGAAGAUGAAGACACAAGAGAAAGAGCUUGAGGACAGAGGCUACAAAAGCUACGAGAAGUCUUUUUAGUCUCUAUCUCGUUAUUGACAUGAGCAGUAUAAGCAGCGUUCAACUGCUAAUCACUGUCUGACUUUCAGUGUAGCUUGCUUGACAGCAGAUAACCUUCUCCUGACUUUAUCUCACCAAAACUGAUAGUUACUUCAUAACCCAGCUCUACUGCCAAGUCUACUCCUUCCCGAAAUGGCCAAUCUAGGCUGGGAGUGAUUGGUGGAAGAAUGCUUGAAGGAAUGUUCAAUGCUCAGGUCAGUGUCUUGUUAUUGCAUCAAGUCAGUGAGGGUCUCUGAAAACGAACCUGACAUUGGGGUAUGAGAAAAGGAGGAUUUGAAUUCACGAAACUGAAAGCAACCAUCACAUCAUGACCUAAUGAAGUCUCCCAAAUUUAUCAUACCCAGAAUAUCAACACAUUUUAAGCACGGUAAGAGGAAGCACUGUGCACAAAUACUGGAGUUGUGUGUGCAAAAAAGGCCUCGGACAAUCAACUGGUCUCGAGAACCACAAAUGUAGUCACACAGGGGAGAAACCAUGGAAAUGCAUGGAUUGUGGCAAAGGAUUCAGUCACUGCUCUGCGCUGAAAAUUCAGUGACAUGUUCAUACUGGGGAGGAGCCAUUCAUCUUCUCUGACUCUGGAAGUGGAUUCACUGAGACGUAUGACUUCAAGGAAUAUCAGUAGGUUCACACUGAUUAGAGACCUUUUAAAUGCCUAAACUGGAAGAAAUGCUUUAAAAGUUCUAGCUAUUGCAAUCCCAUCAAUGUGUUCACGCUGGAGAGAGACAUCUUGUUCAAGAGUCUGUGAAUUGCCUUAAAUCUUCCAGGGAGCUGAUCGUCCAUCAGCGUGUUCAAACUGAUUAAAGACCAUUCAGGUGCUCUCACUGUGGAAACAGGUUCAAGGAAAACCUCCCAACUCAUUACACACCAACAUCUUCGAACUGAAGAGAGGCCAUUCACCUGCUUUGAAUGUGGGCAGGUAUUUAUUUGGUUCUCCACCUUGUUGCCACACCAGUGAGUUCAUUCUGGGGCAAGGCCAUUCACCUGCACUGAAUGAGGAAGUAUUUCAGAGUGAAUCGUUUCUCAUGGCACACCUGUUGAAACAGCAGCAGUUCCACUGGUGAUUUCAGAGCUUUAAACACCCAGCCCAGCUUUAGGUGCUAAUGCAAUGCAAUGAUUGAUUUUAAUGCAAUCAAAAAUUUGUCUGUUGAAUUCCUGUGCCAAAUUCUUCCCUUUGAAUAUAUCCAGGAAACUAGAUAUGUGUGGAAUGUAUCAUACAGCAAUAAUGACUGACUUCAAUUCCCAUAUAAACUGGGUGAACCUAGCCAGCAUGCGUGCUGUUGAGGGUGGAAUUCAGAGUUUGGACUGAACAUUUCUGAAACUUGAAGGACCACGUAGGAAUCAGCUUGGUUUAGCUUUAAUAUGCUGUAAAGAGAAAGGUUAAUUAAUAACCUUGCUGUUAAGGAGCCUAUGUUGAAUAGUGACAUCAGUACUACAGACUUUUUAAUCAAGUUCUAACAUGAUAGAAUAGCAAUAUGGUUGCCCAAACAUCCCAACGAGAACAUAUAUUCAAGAAAGCACCUCACCAUCACCUCCCGCGUAGUUAGGGUUGGGCAAUAACACAGCAACACCCAUAUCCCAUGAGCAGGCAACAAAAAAAAAUGACAGUAGUAAAAGUACUGAGCUUGAGUAUUUGCAAAGGAUGGUUUAAAUUGCUGUUUGUGUUCAGGUCUUUCAAAAUUAUCACAUUCAUACAGAGCCUUUUUUUGAAAAAUUAUGCACAAUAAGCUUGUGUUGUUUUAUUACAAGAACGCUAGCAACCUCAUCUGAAUAUGUUCAAUAAUUAUCCAUCAUCCCAACUUAAUUGCAAAAAUUAAACUUGUGAUCUAAAUUUCAUUCAGAAACCAUUGUGCAGUAUUACCAGCAAAUGGGAUCAUAACAUUUGGAAAAUGAGCAGUGAUCUAGUUGAAAUUAACAAGGAUCUUACAUGGUAGAUGUAGAUUGAUUUCUACCCUGGCUGUUAAUUUCAACAGGGACUUUGUCUCAGAAUAAGGGGUAAGGCCAUUUAAAGAAAAUAGACAGAUUGUCAGCAUUUUCAGAGACAGAGCAAUCGGCCAAGUGGCCACGUUCUGUGCUCUUAAGAUUCAAUUAAACGGGUUUAUGAUGAAUCAAAGUUUAAUUAUUUAUACAGCUUCUGUUUCAUUUAUAAUCAGUUGUCUCUUUUUUCAAUAAAUGGGGAAUAAUUUCACCAAUAAUUACCACUGAUAUGUAAAAUAAAGAUCACAAUUAAAAAUGAGAGCUGUAUUACAUCAAUAAUCAGGACCCUGUUACAUUAAAGUUAUUUACUGAUUGUAAAAGACGAAUAAACUAUAUGCUGUUGCAUUAAUCAAGGCAGUAAUAAUCUGUUAUUCAAUAAUGGCAUUUAUUUUGAGAGAACUUGAAUAUAAAAACAAGGAUGUACGACUGAGGCUUUAUAAGACCAUAAGAAGGGCUCUGGUCAGGCCACAUUUGGAGUAUUGUGUGCAGUUUUGGCUCCCACAUCUUAGGAAGGAUAUACUGGCCCUUGAGGGGGUUCAAAGGAGGUUUAUGAGAAUGGUCCCAGGAAUAGAAAGCUUAACCUAUGAGGAAUGUUUGAGGACUCUGGGACUAUAUUCGUUGGAGUUUAGAAGGAUGAGGGGGAAAUCCAAUUGAAACUUACGGAAUACUGAAUGGCCUGGACAGAGUGGAUAUUGGGAAGAUGCUUCCAUUGGUAGGAGAGACGAGGACUCAAGGGGACAGUCAUAG